GUGAGCAACGAAGCGAGAGAGGACUUAGAAGAUGGUGAAUUGAUUGAUGAAGAUGACGUGACGGAGGAAACUUUGAUUCCUUCAGCCGAUGGGGAUUGUUUGUCAAACAAGGAAGAAAAGGAGCAAAGAGUUGAGUGCGGAUUAAAGGAGAAGACAAAUCAGAUGAACGAGUGUUCCUUCUCGCACGACGCCUGCCCCCCGCGCAAGAUGGAGGUGUGCAGGUACUACCUGAUGGACGCGUGCGCCAAGAAGAGCAAGUGCCUCUACAUGCACCAGGACUUCCCCUGCAAGUUCUUCCACACUGGCCUCAAGUGCUACUCCGGAGACCGGUGCAAGUUCAGCCACGGCCACCUGUCGGAGACCAUGAGAGCCAUCCUCGCGAAGCACCUGAAGGCGGUGCCGAAGGCGUACGCGGGCAAGGGCGCGCCGCGCAUCGGCCUGGGCCCGGCCCUGCUGGACGGUCCGCCGCACCCGGCGCCGCAGCCGCCCACGCACCGCAUCCCGUCGCUGUUGGAGCUGCAGGUG